AUGGUCAGGCUUGCAAUUGCCGGCCUCGUCGUGGCCACCCUCUGCGCGCCUGCGAGAGGGGGGCUCAAGUACCCAGACUGCGCCAGCGGGCCGCUCAAGUCGAAUCUGGUAUGCAACACGUCGGCGGCGCCAGAAGCGCGGGCGUCGGCGCUGGUGGCGGCCAUGAGCAACAGCGACAAGCUCGAAAAUCUCGUCAACAACUCGCCCGGCGUGUCAAAACUGGGCCUCAGCGCGUACCAGUGGUGGAACGAGGCCCUGCACGGCGUGGCCCGUAACCGCGGCAUCACAUGGGGCGGGCAGUUCGGCGCGGCGACGCAGUUCCCGCAGGCCAUCACGACGGGCGCAACGUUUGACGACGAGCUGGUGCGGCAGAUGGGCGAGGUGAUCGGGACAGAAGCGCGAGCGUUUGCCAACGCGGGGCGCGCCCACCUCGACUUCUGGACGCCCAACGUGAACCCGUUCCGCGACCCGCGAUGGGGGCGCGGCCACGAGACGCCUGGCGAGGACGCCUUCCGCAACAGCCGGUGGGCCGCCGCCUUUGUGCGCGGCAUGCAGGGAGACCCUGCGGGCCAGUCGACGCACCGCGUCGUCGCCACGUGCAAGCACUUUGCCGCGUACGACCUCGAGAACUCGGGGAGCGCCACGACGCGCUUCAACUUCGACGCCAAGGUGACCACCCAGGAUCUCGCCGAGUACUACCUGCCGCCGUUCCAGCAGUGCGCGCGCGACUCGCGCGUCGGCUCCGUCAUGUGCAGCUACAACGCCGUCAACGGCGUGCCGGCCUGCGCCAACGCCUACCUCAUGGACACGAUCCUGCGCAAGCACUGGAACUGGACUGGCGACAACCAGUACGUCGUCAGCGACUGCGACGCCGUGUACUACCUGGGCAACGCCAACGGCGGGCACCGAUACAAGGCGAGCUACGCGGCAGCCAUCGGCGCAGCACUCACCGCAGGCUGCGACAACAUGUGCUGGGCGACGGACGGCACGGCGCCCAACGCGGCCGCUGCCUUCAGCAGCAAGCAGUUCGGCCAGGAGACGCUCGACCGAGCGCUAGUACGGCAGAUGCAGGGCCUCGUGCGCGCGGGCUACUUUGAUGGGCCGGGUGGCGCGUACCGCAGCCUCGGCGCCAGCGACGUCAACACGGCGGCCGCGCAGGCCCUCGCGCUGCGCGCCGCACGCGAGGGCAUCGUGCUGCUGAAGAACGACGGCGGGUUCCUGCCGCUAACCGCACUCGACGCGUCGUCCUCGGGCACGUCCGUCGCCAUGGUCGGCUUCUGGGCGCAGGCCGCGGACCGCAUGCUCGGCGGGUACAGCGGCAACCCGCCGUUCCAGCACGGCGCGGUGGCGGCGGCCAAGGCGCGCGGGAUCACGGUCAACUACGUCAGCGGACCGCUAGCGCAGGGCAGCGCCGACGCCGGCGCAGCGGUAGCAGCGGCGCAGAAGUCCAGCGUCGUGCUGUUCUUCGGGGGGAUCGACAACUCGGUCGAGAAGGAGAGCCAGGACCGCAGCUCGAUCGCGUGGCCGGCGGGCCAGCUGGCCGUGAUCCAGAAGCUGGCCGCAACCGGCAAGCCCGUCGUGGUGGUGCGCAUGGGCACGCACGUCGACGACACGCCGCUGCUGGGCCUCGCCGGCGUCAAGGCCAUCCUGUGGGCCGGCUACCCGGGCCAGGACGGCGGGACGGCCGUCAUGGACAUCGUCGCGGGCGUUGCGAGCCCCGCCGGCCGCCUGCCCGUAACCGCGUACCCGGCCGCCUUCACGGCGCAGGCGCCCUACACCAACAUGGCGCUGCGGCCGGCCGCGUCAGGUUCCUACCCAGGCCGCACGUACCGCUGGUACACGGGCGACGCCGUGUGGGAGUUCGGCCACGGGCUGCACUACACGACGUUCGCCGUGUCACCCCCAGAGGACUUCCCCGCGUCAUUUGCCAUCGCGGACCUGCUUGCUGCAUGUCAGGCCCGGGGCAAGGCGACAUAUCUCGACCUGUGCGCGUUCCGCGCCGCCAACGUGACGGUGCGCAACACGGGCGCACGCGCGUCCGACUACGUGGCGCUGGGGUUCCUGGCUGGCGAGUUCGGCCCGCCGCCGUUCCCGCGCAAGACGCUCACCGCGUACGCGCGCGUGUCUGCCGUCGCGCCGGGGCAGAGUGUUACGGCGGUGCUGGACUGGACGCUCGGAAACCUCGCGCGCGUCGAUGACACGGGGAGCAGGGUGUUGUAUCCGGGAGUGUACACUCUGCUGCUCGACCAGCCGGCGGUCGCGAAUUUGAGUUUUGUUUUGACGGGGGAUAAAGCGGUGCUGGAUAAGUGGCCGCAGCCGCCGGCGUGAAGCAGCGUUGGCAAUGGCUCAAACUGUCAGACUGCAACAGCACUUCUAGGAUUGUGUGCACCAGAGUGAAUUGCUCUUAUUCUCGUCCUCCAGUCUUUCCACAAAAGACUCUCUC